AUGACUUCACAUCCGUUGGAGGUCACCACCAAUCUGAUAGACGUGGAUUCUUGGACCCCGUUCCCAUACGUGGAACGACACCCGUGCCCAUGGCCAUGCCAGCGAGAUCAUAACAAACCUUCGAAAAAGCCCCCGGUCGCCCGCUCUCUCCAAUACCGAGAGCACAGCGCCUGGCAACUCGCUCAGUUAGCCAUCAAGUCUUUUGACGGCUCACAUCCCUUACGGCACGCCCAGCGUGCAGCCAUAGCCCGUUGGAACGCGCUGAAUCUCACAUCUCAACUCCAACCCGAUACUCGCGCUCUUCCCGGCCUUGCAGAGAUCUUCAACGAUCUAUUUUUCUUGGGUCAGCUUCCUCCUACGGCCAUGUCCGUCGGAUGGGGCAGAUACCCCGGUCUACUUGGCUGGACCGCCCCGAGCAUAGGGCCCGCGGACCUCGAGCGGGUUUGGUUGAAUUGGGCGUCUCUGUAUCUGCGAUACUCAACAUAUGCUACCAGUGACACACUUUUACAUAAGAUGGCACAUGCUUUUCUCCAUCGGUAUUCUCGGCCAGAUGGCAGGACCUCUGUCUCGAUGGAGCCGGAUGUCAAUAUGGGUUUUACGGGACAUGGAAGGGCCUAG